AUUAAAAAUAUGGCAGAUGAGGAGCAGAACAGGUGAAACCACUGACACAGCAUCAGGUGUGAGCAGGAAAUAUCACUCUACAUCUGAAACUGGUGACACUUAAAGAAAAGAACGCCUCAAGAAAAAAAAAGAAAGCAAUCUUGGAGCUAUCUUUUAUGGGAUGCAUUAUUGGAUUGCAUAAAUGUCCUGGUAUACUUUUCUGCCUCGACCUCCUGUUGGAAGUCCAAAAAUAUGUGGAAAAGAUAAAAAGCACAUGAGGAAACAAAUGAGUAUGAGAAGCACACACCACAUCCACUGGAGGUUCUGGAAGAGACAGAGGAUACAACAGGAACUAAGGGAGAACAUAGGAGGACACAGUGUGAGAGGAAAUUGCUGUGUUCAUCCGUGCUCUGCUACUAUAUGGUUUCUAUGGCAACCUCUCCAAAAUGAUGUGCUCUGAAUGGCGUUUCAUGAGAUGUGGGGUGAUUACAGUCUAGGAAGGAAGGCUGAUGUUUCUGUUAGCCUUUGCUGUAAAGGGAAGUAUGCAGUGUUCUAAUAAAAGCACACUUCCUGUCCUCAUAUUAUGAUUGUGCUGUAUAUCUUCUGCAUUUCAGAGGAAAUAUUUCAAUACUGCCCCCUUCAGAGGGCACAGAAAAUUUGCAUCAUUUGUACAGCAAUGUGUGUUGUUUUAAAUGUCAAUAAAUGAUUAGUUAAGACUACCGGGGUUGCUUUUAUAAAAUAAAUAGAUAAAUAAAUAAAUAAAUAAAUAAAAGAUAAAUGAAUAAAGCAUGCACAAAGCAUUUUGAUUCUAUUUUCCAUUGAAUUUAUUAUGCACAUUUAAUCUGAGGAACAGAUGUAUUUUGUGUAUUUUCCUGGCUCAGUUGUAGACACGUGUCCAAUUACACAGACACUAUCCGUAGUUUUUAGUCACAUGACCAGUUCGAAGACCUGGGGGGCAAAACAUCCAUGGAACUGCAGUAAAAGUCUGUUAAAUUUCACAUCUAUUUUACAGCCACAAAUAUUUAUAUCACCUCUCAAAACAAGAAAACAAAGCUAUGUGAAUAAAAUGUAAAUAAAUUUCCACUUUUAUCCAAAGCAACUUACAAAUAAGGACAAGGAAAGCCUUUCAGCCAUGAUAAUGUGUGAGAGUUUGCCAGUGUUUCUCUUAUGUCUUUAAAGCUAUUUAGCUGAACUAAAGAAGUUACUAUAUUUUGUAUAGUGCAAUAAUGCCUUUGUCUCUUUGUCACUUAAUACACUAAAUUCAUGGUGGAGAAAUGCCUACUUUUUAUUUUAUUUCAUUUUACAGGUAUAUUAGAAUGUAUGCAAGUACAUUUCUUUGCUCAGACACAAAGAUUAGAUUAAUUUGCUGAUAGUUUACCCUCACAUAUUUGAGUGAACCCUCAUCCUGACCACAUAGUUGUUUUAUCAGGCUGGAGUGACUGUGAUGGACGUCCCGUACUCAGAGGGGCAGGAGGGAACAGGCUGUCCUGCUUCAUAAAGCUCAUUUAGCACCGUGUUUUCUGCUCUCCACCAGUGCCAGCACUCUUCCUGAUCUCCUCUCAGGUGACAUACAAUGAACGAUAUCUAUAAAGCAGCGGUAGAGCAGCUCACUGAAGAGCAGAAGAAUGAGUUCCGCGCAGCAUUUGAUAUUUUUGUUCAGGAUGCUGAGGAUGGGUGCAUCAGCACUAAGGAGCUGGGGAAGGUGAUGAGAAUGCUGGGUCAGAACCCCACGCCGGAGGAACUACAGGAGAUGAUUGAUGAGGUGGAUGAGGAUGGCAGCGGUACGGUGGAUUUCGAGGAGUUUUUGGUCAUGAUGGUGAGGUGCAUGAAAGAUGAUAGCAAAGGAAAGUCAGAGGAAGAACUGGCAGAACUCUUCCGUAUGUUUGAUAAGAAUACAGAUGGUUACAUUGAUCUUGAUGAACUGAAGCUUAUGCUGGAAGCUACAGGUGAAACCAUCACUGAAGAUGAUAUUGAGGAGCUAAUGAGGGAUGGAGACAAAAACAAUGAUGGGAAAAUUGAUUAUGAUGAGUUCUUAGAGUUCAUGAAAGGAGUGGAAUAAAUAAUGAAGAAAUGUCUUCCUGGUGUUUCACCCUGGAUUGUCUGUACACAAAAGCUUAAUGAGAAAGAUCAACAGAGAGUCUAUGGUAUAUCUCAUUAUUGUGCUUGUCAUUUUCAGCACACUGUUUUCAGAAUAUUAAAUUAUUUUUCACAUUGCAUAAACAAUCCGUGCAGAUUUAA